UAUGAUUGAAAAAGAAUGUAUUUGAACAGUGGAUAUUUUUCAUUUUGGUGUUAGUAAUAUCGUUUUAUUUUUCAAGUUAAUCCAAUAGUUUUUUAGAGAAGUUUUUUUCGGUUUGGUUUGAAUAUAAUUUCGAUCUUCAUCAUGGAUGACGAUCUAUAUAACGGGUUUCAGACAAAUUUUAUGCAAAAUUUUGAAAUGAGUAGAAGUGAUAUCGAUUACGAAGACACACAAAAAUUGUCUAGCUAUGGUAGAAAGAGAAAUACACCGAAAUUAUUAAGUCGUGAAGCAACGACGGCAUUAUCAACGAGUACAUUAGCUCGGCCAACGACUGGAAUGCGUCCGGUUGGAUAUACAUCGGAGGCCGGUCGGCAAUAUGACCCAUUUUUAAAUCAACGUCAAGCAAUGAAGAAAACUAUUUCGUUGGACGUAAAGAGACCCGAACAACCCGAAGAAAAGUAUAAAGGUUUAGAGACGAAAAUUUUAUAUAUUCUCGAAGAGUCCAUUCUUGAGAGUACUUCGGCGAAAGAACCAAAUUUAUCAUCUGCUUUGAAUAAGGCGAAAGAAGCAUCUUCUCUUGAUCGAACAUUGCUACGGUUACGGGACCAGAAUGGCGAUAGUUCAUAUCACAAUUUUGACAUAACGUUCGCUGUUUUGUUCAAUUUGGCCAAUAUUUAUGCCAAAAGUAAAAUGUAUGUCGAAGCAUUAAACACAUAUGCAAUGAUGACAAAAAAUAAAAUGUUUCCAAAUGUGAAUCGUUUGAAAAUUAAUAUGGGAAACAUAUACUUUCAAUUGGGCCACUUUUCAAAAGCAAUUAAAAUGUAUCGCAUGGCCUUGGAUCAGGUGCCAAGCAACCAAAAAGAGUUACGCCUAAAGAUAAGCCAUAAUAUAGGAAUUUUGUUUAUAAAAAUGGGACAAUAUUCUGAUGCAGCUGCAAGUUUUGAGUUUAUUAUGUCGGAGCGUGCAGAUUUAAAAAGUGGACUGCAUUUAAUAUUGUGCUAUUAUGCAUUGGGCGAUGUUGAGAAAAUGAAACGAGGAUUUCAGCAUUUGCUUGACGUUCCGAUUGAUAUGAACGAUGACCAUAGGAUUUCAAGCUUAAUGUCAAACCCAUCACAGCAGUAUGUGAUCGAUUUCAUGAAGAAUGAUAAGCUUGCAAUUUACGAAAAUCGUCAAAAAAAUUUGGCCAAAAAAAAUGUCCUAAUGACCGCCAACCUGAUAGCGGGCAUAAUUGAGGAAAAUUUUAAUGACGGUUUCACGUAUUGUGUGGAAAUGAUAAAAAGUUCCAAUUUUGCCGUUCUUGCCAAUGAAUUGGAAUUGAACAAAGCGAUUAUGUAUUUAAAACAACACGACGUACAUCAAGCUAUCGAAACACUGAAGUACUACGAGAAAAAAGAGCCGGCCAUUGCAGCUAAUGCCGUAACCAGUUUGACAUUUAUUUAUAUUAAAAUGAAAGACAUGACAAAUGCAUUGAAAUAUGCAGAAAUUUCACGUGAAGUUGAUUCAUAUAAUCCGGCGGGAUUCGUAAACAGUGGCACGUGUGAAUUUAUUCGUGAGAACUAUGAAUCAGCUCGGAAGUAUUUUGAAAUGGCUUUGGAAAUUGAUCCAACUGCGUUCGAAGCAUUAUAUAAUUUGGGACUGACCUACAAGAAAAUCGGUGAUUUUGAAAACGCUUUAAAUUGUUUUCGCAAGAUUUAUGCAACCGUUUCAAACAAUCAUCAUCCGCACGUUAUUUAUCAGAUGGGGAAUCUGUACGAAUUAUUAAACGAUACUAGCGGUGCAAUCGAAUGGUAUACUCAGUUACUUGGUUUGGUUAACACCGAUCCAAGUGUAUUUCAGAAAAUAGCCACCAUGUACGAAACGGAUGGCGAUCGACAAACUGCGUUUCAAUACCAAAAUGAAGCGUAUCAGGCAUUUCCAUGCAAUUUGCAAACCAUAUCCUGGAUUGGAUCCCAUUUUAUUGAUCUUCAAGUGGCCGAAAAUGCAAUUGCCUACUAUGAAAAAGCUGUUUUAGCCACUCCAAACAGUCCACAUUUUCUACUACGAAUCGCUGGCUGCCUUCGACGCAUUGGCAACUCUCAAAAGUCACUCAACUUAUUUCAAAAUAUUCUCAAGCAAUUUCCCGAGAAUGCUGACUGUUACAAAGCAUUGUUACAUCUAACACAGACACUCAAUAUGGAUGAAUUGUAUCAAAAAUACUACAAUGAAUAUCAUCGCAUUGAAAAGUUACGCGAAACAAGGCAACGAAUCGGUAGUAGUCGACCAACGACAAACAGCUCACAACGAAAUCGUCGUGGGAGUGAAAAAUAUGCGGGAGUCGGUAGCAGUGUUGAAAAUAUGCAUUCGAGCUCUACACCAAGCAGUAAUUCCGAUAAAAACGAUAACGAUACCUCCAAUUUAUCAUAUGCUGAUCCAUUGGGGCCGAUGGCUGAAAGACCACGAACCGGCAAGAUUCGAAAUUCGGCAUCGGUCAAAGAAGAAUCGGAUGAAGAUUUCGAUGCCGAAGAAUUAUUGCCGAUUUAGUUUGUUACCAAUUUAAUUAUUCUAUUACUAUGAAUAUUUCUGUUUGAUUUUAUUCAUACAUGUUCUUGUUUUUGUUUAAAACCACUUUCAUUUCAUGUUAUUAGAUUGUUUGUAAUGAAAAUCAAAUGAAAAUAAAA